CUUGACUUAACCUACAACAAUCUAAGGCACGGUGCUCGCACCUCCUAAAUUUACAUUACCGGUAUCUCCAUAACGAUCAAUCCGCCUUAACAAACCCACUCACCGCCAGACAGGGUUCUUUUUUUUUUUUUCCUUCCCAUCCCGCUGCUUCGCUGUCCCAACUGUAAGGACGCCACCACUGCCUCCACCGCUACUACAUCCACCAGUUCCACCGGGAACGUGAGUACCUGUAGCGUGCUUAAUGCCGUUUGAAGCGAUGUCGGCUUCAGUUGCGGGUUUGGAAACCGAUAACGACGACGAUGGCGAGCAGCAACAGCAGCCGCGAGAGACGCUGCUGCAGGAAAAGGAAAGGGUUUCGUUGGACACGCUUCCGGACGAAAUCAUUCUUACGGUUUGUGAAUUCUUGGAUGUGCCGGAGUUGGGGGCUCUGGGGAAGACAACCCACCGCCUCCGCGCCCUAUCCACGGACCCCCUCCUACACAAGAUCCGGCUCCACCGCGCCAAAGCGACUCUUGCAGCCUCCCUCCAACACCGCCCCUCCCUCCCGCUCCUCCGCGACGCGCAAAUAUACCUGACCCGCCGCCAGCACACGCAGCGCGUCCUCUCCCGUGCACUGCUUGGGAUCAGAUUGAAGCAUCACUUUCUCACCCGGCCGAGCCUCCCCGCGCUCCAGGAGCGCGGCGUGAUGUACCGGUGCGGUGGGAUUGCACCGGCGCUGGCGGGCAGGGCGAAGGAUCUUGAGAGGGAGAGGGUUAAGGAUAGGUUGAGGAGGUGGGUCGUUGAGAGGCUGAGCCUUGAGGAGGCGGUUGGGUGUGGGCUGGUCUUGAAUAAGGUUGUGUGGGAAGAAGGGAGGAGGGAAGGGGUCAGGAGUAUUGCUAGGAGACUGAUGGCAAGGUGGGGGAAUGAUGGGCAAGGGGAAGGGAAGAGGAAGGUUGGUGGUAGUGGGGUGGCGUGUUGGGGGAGAGGAAGGGUGGUCAGGUAUGAUCCGCCCAGAGCAAUGGUUUUGGGGCUUAAGAGACACUUCGAAAAGUUGGCUGCUGAGGGGGGAAUUCACCCCCGCGUCACGCCACUCUACCUAAUUGGAAGUAGGAAUUGA